AUGCUGAUGCCCCUGAGUGGACUCUUCUGGUGGUGGUGCUGCUGCUGUGCCCGCUCCUGCUGUGGAUUGUGCGCCCCGGCUCCCCAGAUGUUGCGCCACCAGGGUCUCCUCAAGUGCCGCUGCCGCAUGCUCUUCAAUGACCUGAAGGUUUUCCUACUGCGGCGCCCCCCUCCAGCGCCCCUGCCCAUGCACGGAGACCCCCAGCCCCCCAGCUUGGCGGCCAACAACAACACCCUUCCGGCUCUAGGUGCCGGGGGGUGGGCAGGCUGGAGGGGCCCUCGAGAAGGGGUGGGCAGGGAGACCACUCCUCUGCCACCUCCACCACCUUUGCCACCUUCUUCUGUGGAAGAUGACUGGGGUGGCCCAGCCACAGAGCCACCCGCCUCGCUGCUCAGCAGUGCCUCCUCAGAUGACUUCUGUAAGGGGAAGGCUGAGGAUUGCUACUCACUGGGCAGCAGCCUGGACAGUGGCAUGAGGACCCCGCUCUGCCGCAUCUGCUUCCAGGGGCCGGAACAGGGGGAGCUGCUGAGCCCAUGCCGCUGUGAUGGCUCGGUCAAGUGCACGCACCAGCCCUGCCUCAUCAAGUGGAUCAGCGAGCGGGGCUGCUGGAGCUGUGAGCUGUGCUACUACAAGUAUCAUGUCAUCGCCAUAAGCACAAAGAAUCCUCUGCAGUGGCAGGCCAUCUCUCUGACAGUCAUUGAGAAGGUGCAGAUUGCAGCCGCCAUCUUGGGUUCCCUCUUCCUCAUUGCCAGUAUCUCUUGGCUCAUCUGGUCGACCUUCAGUCCCUCGGCAAAAUGGCAGCGCCAAGACCUCCUCUUCCAGAUCUGCUAUGGGAUGUACGGAUUCAUGGACGUGGUGUGCAUAGGUCUCAUCGUGCAUGAGGGACCCUCUGUGUACCGCAUCUUUAAACGGUGGCAGGCUGUCAACCAGCAGUGGAAAGUGCUGAACUAUGACAGGACGAAAGACCUGGAAGAUCAAAAGUCAGGAGGCAGGACAAACCCCCGGACCUCCUCAUCCACCCAGGCUGAUGUCCCCUCCUCCGAAGAGGAGGCUGUGGGUGCCCCCGGCCCUGAGGAAGGCCCUGCCAGGGCGGCCAGCCACCCCUCAGGCCCUCUGUCCGAUCACCACUGUGCUUACACCAUCCUGCACAUCUUGAGUCACUUACGACCUCAUGAACAGCGGGGCCCCCAGGGCGGGAGCCGGGAGCUUGUCAUGAGGGUCACGACAGUGUGA